CCCUCCGUUAUUCCCAUCCCACCAGGAGAAAACAAAGGAAGAACCAAAAAUCACCAGAAAUAAACAUUUCCUGAAAAGAAAAAUAAACUGCACCAUCUCCGGCGGCAACGCAUCCGAUAUCUCAUCCCGACAAACAACAAGAAAUUAAGAGAAACACCACCACCAAAAUAUGAGCAUUCCAAGAACUGGUAGUAACGGCACAACACAAGCUUGCGCUGCGUGUAAAUACCAACGCAGGAAGUGCGCUCCUGACUGCAUUCUCGCCCCUUAUUUUCCUCAUGAUCGCCAAAGACAAUUCCUCAAUGCUCAUAAAUUGUUUGGAGUCAGCAACAUCACCAAGAUCAUCAAGAACCUUACUCCUCCUGAGAAAGACAUUGCCAUGCGUACCAUCGUAUUUCAAUCCGAUGCGCGAGCCAAUGACCCUGUUGGAGGUUGUUACAGGAUCAUCCAAGAGCUUCAGCGUCAGAUAGAGUAUAGCCAGGCUGAGCUUGACCUGGUUUUUCAUCAGCUAGCCAUAUGCCGAGCACAGGCUCAUCAGCAGCGACAGCAGUCUCACUUGCAAAUGCACGAACCUGGUGAUUCAUCGCUAGGUUGUCAAAUGGUGAAUACAGACCCUUUGAACUCGUAUAAUUCAAAUUAUUACUACGUUGAAGAGCCUCAUGAGCAGCAGUUUUCUGUGAACAACAAUCAUCACCACUUGCAAGAAAAUUAUGGUUCUUGGGGCAUACAAGAAUCGACAACCUUGGAUUCUUUGAACGUCAAGCAGAGUUUUAUCAGAGUAUGCGAUAAUGAAGCGAAGCCAGAUCUUGAUUCUUGUGAAAGACAUAAGGUCAGGUUUGAGACUGAAGAAUUAGUUGAAAGGAGGUUUGUUCCAUCGACACAGUUAGUUAUGUCAUCUUAGAAUCAAGAAGUAGUUCAACCAAAAGAAGAUCCUUGGAAAUCAGUAUCAGUCAAGCCAUCUUGAAAAUUCGGAUUGACAUUGGAAUCGAUAAUCCAAAACCAUUCAUUUUCCUUCACUCUAUAACUACAAUUUUUUCUCUCUUCCUCGCUUUCUCUUAUUCCUCUCUCUGUCUCUUCUGUUUAUUUCUUUCCUCUUCCAACGAUCUCUUUUCCAAUUAAAAAUAAAUAAAAACAAGAAUAAUAAACACCAAAAAAAUGCCCCGACAUAUAAAAACCUGCACAACUAGCUUGCGAGCACAACUAUUGGAGGUGCAGCCCUAUAAACUUUUUGCGAGACGCAAUAUCUCAAUGUGCACAACCCUUUUGGUUGGAGGAGUCUUGUGCAUCAUCAAGGCGUCAAUCCUCAUGAAGUAGAUUUCCCGACGUGCAGAUUUACAAACCCGAUCACUCGACCUGAAUAGGAAGUCGUUAAGUGAUUAACCAUUUAAUUAAAUCUAUAAUUUCAGAUGAAGUACUAGAUUUAGAUUUAAAUUUAUUUUUAA